AUGUCUUACUUUGACAAUUAUCCUGCUGAGGUCUGGAGCUAUAAAAACUUCAUCCAUUACGCGUCCGGGAAUAGUUGUCUCCCACGCAACCCUGCGAAAACUUGGAAUUACGCUUACAAGCAAAGUUUGGACGAGAUUGAACGUCGAUACGGACAUACAGACGAAAAGGGCCGAAAAGCGUCUCGAUUGAAGAGCUCUUUUAAGGCAAGUACAUCGAUCUGGCAAAAAGCCGCCUCACGUUGGCAGUGCUAUCUGGAUUUUAGCCAGAUCGAUACUACAGGGCGCUUACACACCGCCCUGGGUUUCCUCGAGGGCACUGGUGACUGGCUUGUUCGAUACUACAGGGCGCUUACACACCGCCCUGGGUUUCCUCGUCGCGCCGGGCAAUUAUUUAAUUAUUAG